GGAUUUCAUAAUGGGGGGGGUCCAGAAUUUUGAGAAGAGUGGGGGGGGGGUUGCAAAAAUUUGUACUUAUUCAAGAAACAAUGGAUAAUGUGCUCAUUUUAAACUUAAUUAAUAUAUACUUCUAUACGGACAAAAUUUAGCAAUUGAACGAUUUUCACUAUUAACGUGCGUCGAAAUAGCAUUCAUGUGACUGAGUCGAUAAUAUUUAAUAAUAACAACGACGUCCGAUAAGAGUUAUUUACGUCCGUCAUAGCAUGUAUCGGACGUCGUCGACGUCGAGCGGACGGGAAAUCCAACAAACAUCAAGUGUGUGACCGUCGUGAAAUUAAUCACAAUAAUUCAAUAACGGACGUUAUUACGUUUUCUGUAUGAACGCGCUUUUAUUCUUCUGUUUCUUUCACCGAGCAGAAAACAUUGUGUCAAGCAUUUGUUGAUAAGUAAUCACAGUGAUUGUUAAUACGCCUCACAGUAUGAAGAGAACAUUAUUCUCUUAUUUCGAGCGUCAUGAUCCAGAAUCAGAAUCAAAAAUAAAAAAGAAGGAAAAACAGAUUGAAAAGACAGAGAAGUCGAACCUUGAGGAAAAUCCACAAGAGACUGUCGAACAAUCAGCCACAAAAAAUACGUCAAUCCAAAUUAAAAAUUCACCUUCAUUCAAAAACGACAUAGCUUCAGCCUCAACUAAACUUUUAAGUAAAAAAAAUGCAAAUGAAAUUCUUAACAUCGUAAAUGAUUCGUGGGUACCACCAGCUGAUUUUUUGUUUCCGAAAUCGACCGCAAAAAAUUUAUCGUUUCAAAGAAAAUGGCUAGAGGAAUUUUAUUGGCUGGCAUAUUCUGCUAAAGAAAAUGGUGCAUACUGUAAGUAUUGCAUAGCUUUUAGCACGAAAACCGGUGGAAUAGGCGAUGUAAGUCUGGGAAAACUUAUCAAAAAGCCGUUUAAUACAUGGAAACACGCAAAAGAAACUUUUCGAAACCACGAAAACCUUGAUUACCAUAAAAAAUCCGUUGUUGGUAUUGAAAAUUUACGUGAUAUCGAGUUUGGUAAAACUAAAUCUAUCGAUGAACAACUUAACAAGCAAAUUUUAAAAACGAAAGAAGAAAAUCAUGAGAGACUGAAACCCAUAGUUAGCGCUAUAAUUUUGUGUGGACGUCAAGGCAUUGCACUUCGUGGCCAUAGAGACGACGGAUGUUUGUACAACGAAUCUGAUAUGAGUAAAAAAACUACCGGACAAUAUUUGAAUGAAGGAAACUUUCGUGCACUUCUACGAUAUCGAGCUGAAGGUGACGAACUGCUCAAAAAAAACCUUCUGUCCACUCCAAAAAAUGCAACAUAUCUUAGCAAAACCAUUCAGAAUGAAAUUAUUGAAACUUGCCAUGAAGUGAUCAGAAAAAAGAUCGUUGAUAAAAUAAAUCAAUCAAAAGGAUUUUCAGUUUUGGCUGAUGAAUCGACUGAUAUUUCCAGUAUAGAGCAAUUUUCUAUUUGCGUACGAUACUUAGAUUCUGAACCUAAUAUCUGCGAGGAUUUUCUUGGAUUCGUUCCAGUAACUGACGUUUCUGGACAAGCUUUAGCAAAGUCUAUCAAAAAUUACCUGAUCGACAUCGGCGUGGAUUGCUCAUUUAUGUAUGGCCAAGGAUAUGACGGAGCUCCAGCAAUGAGUGGUGAAUUUCACGGGGCGCAGGCUUAUUUGAGAUCUUUUUUUCCUCUUGCAAUUUAUGUGCAUUGUGCUGCACAUAGCUUCAGUUUAACUAUUAAUGCAGCUUGCGAAGUAUCUGGUAUUAAAAACGCGUUGGGGACUGUCGGAUCAAUUCAAGCAUUUUUUCACUGGCCCAAGAGACAAAGCAUUUUAAAGAACGAAAUUGCCAAAAUGACGAAGAAAAGUGAGCAAAGGAGAGAAAAAUUGAAGUCUAUCUGUCCUACAAGAUGGGCUCAAUCUCAUGAAGCUGUAUCAACGUACGUCGAACUUCAACCAGCUGUUAUUGAAGCGUUAGAAGAAAUAAAAACGUGGAGGGAUCGAGAGACUUCAAGCUUAGCAUCUCAACUUCUGACGGCAAUUUUCACAGUCGAAUUUCAAAUUUCCUGCCAAAUAAUGGAGUCGAUCAAUUCCCUCGUUUUACCAUUAAGUCGAGAAUUGCAGUUAAAGAAUCAAGAUCUAGGAGAAGCAACCAAAUUGGCUGAUGAUGCUUUGAAUGAUUUCAAGGAAAAGCGGGAAAACGUAAAUUCAUACUUCCACAUUAUUUAUGAAAAAGUUUCUGAAAUUUGUUCUGAAUACGAAAUUGAAAUGAAAACGCCUCGUCGAUGUGAACGACAGAAAUAUCGUUGCAACAUUGAAACGCAAACAGUUGAAGAUUACUACAAACUCGCAUUCUACAUUCCAUUUCUUGAUACUUACAUUUGUCAUCUCGAAAGUCGAUUCCAAAAACACAAAAUAGUUUUUCAAAGUUUCGGACAGCUAUUUCUCAAGCAAGAAUAUGAUGAAAAAAAAUGCGCCAGCCUUUACCAAUUUUACGAAGAAGUAUUGGAUUGUUCCGAGAGUAAUUUCAUUUCAGAAGUCAAAAUGUGGAGACAACGAAUCCACAAUCAGAACAUCGAAAAUGCACUUGAUGCAUUAUCAAUCAUGAAUAAUGAAACUUUUAAAAACGUCAACAAAAUGUUGCGAAUUUUGGCAGUGUUACCUGUGACAACAGCAACUCCAGAACGCUCAUUUUCGACUUUACGACGGAUUAAGGAUUAUCUUAGAAACACGAUGGUACAGGAGCGUCUCAACGGCCUUGCGUCUUUGAACAUCCACCAUCACAUUAAUAUAACUGAAGAGGAAAUUCUCAGAAAAUUUUUCGAAAAACCUCGAAAAUUUAAGAGUGCUUGAAAAAACAUGUUACAUCCUUCAUCAUCUAUCGAUUUUUCAAAAAAAUAUUUUAUAAUCACUCGAAAUUUUGAAUUACAAUACUAACAAUUAUUUUUAUUAUGAAAUAAAUUGAAUUUGGAAGAAAAAAUUUUUUUUAGCUUGAGUCAUCUAGAAUUUUAGCAUGAAAUGUAAAAACAUUAUUCCCAUGGGGGGGGUCCGGACCCGAAAACCCCCCCCGUGGAUCCGCCACUGCUUA